GUACGUGCGAAGAGUAGAUACCAGCGAGUAGGAAAAGGACAUCAACGUUUUUCUUUUGUUUCCUAAAGUGAAUUGAUGAAUUGUUGUUGGCUGUGGUGGAAGGGGUGGCACUGAAAUCAGUAAGUGGUCUGUUCUACGGACAUCAACAUGGACUUCGAAACUUUGGCAGGAGGUCCAAACUGCACGCUUCCUGCGAUCGACGACUUCCCCAGAGACUUAUUCACAGAAGCUGAGAGGCAAGACGGUGCCGUUGCCAUACACAUCCUCGUCUCGUUAUACCUGUUCGUUGCGCUGGCCGUCGUUUGCGAUAAAUUCUUUGUACCUGCAGUCGAAAAAAUAUGCCACGCCCUAAACAUGUCCAGCGAUGUGGCGGGCGCCACCUUCAUGGCGGCGGCGACCUCAGCCCCCGAGCUCUUCGUCAACGUCAUCGGCACCUUCAUCACCGAGGGGGACAUCGGCGUCGGCACCAUCGUUGGUUCCGCCGUCUUCAACAUCCUAGCUGUGGCCGCUUGUUGCGGCAUCGGCGCCGGAAUGUGCGGAGUUCAGGUUGUGCCGUUGGAUUGGUGGCCCUUGACGAGGGACUGCUUAGCAUACGGGAUCACCGUUUCUAUACUGAUCUGCAUAAUACACGACGAGAGGGUCGAAUGGUACGAGGCCCUCUGUCUGGUCCUCCUCUACACGGUCUACAUUCUGAUCAUGUACUUCGAUAAGUCGAUCCAGAAGUGCGCCAGAGGAAGCGUCGAGCAGGCUAGAAGACAUUCCAAGAAAUCCGAAGAGGCUUCCACGGAGAACAACAGCACCGCUCAUUCAGUUGAGGCUGCUGAGGGUCGGCUAGACUUGAGGGCGGUCCACGAAGACGGCGAAAAGAAGAUUGACGACAGCAAUAUCGAGUAUAUCGAUAAUGAGAAAUUGGAACAGGCGUUACCGCCUACGCCACCAUCACCUCCUGAAGAUGAUCACGAAGUGUUGCCGCAACAACCACCUCCCCAUCUCAAUGGAUCCGUUAAGGUGCACAUAGAUGAGAAGCAACCGGAAAAGAAGGAGGAGGACACAGGUCAUAGUUUGUGGAAGUGGCCCUCGGGUCGAGGGAAAUUUACGCAGAUGACAUGGAUCUUGACAUGGCCCAUACACUUGGUCUUCUUGUUUACGAUUCCCGAUUGCGAGAAACCGCGCUUCAAAAAAUGGUUUCCGCUCACCUUCAUGAUGUGCAUCGUGUGGAUUGGAUCGCUCUCGUACGUCGUCGCCUGGAUGAUCACCAUCAUCGGCGACACCCUGAAAAUACCUGAUUCAGUUAUGGGCAUCACCUUCCUGGCGGCCGGCACCAGCGUUCCGGAGGCAGUCUCCAGCGUCAUCGUAUCUAAACAAGGUCAUGGAUCUAUGGGUAUCAGCAACUCCAUCGGCUCGAACACCUUUGACAUCCUGCUGUGCCUGGGGCUGCCCUGGUUUAUCAAAGCCACCUUCAUGCCGACGUUACCGGGCAAACGAUGGGUGGGCAUAAAUUCCGCGGGCAUCGAGUACAGCGCCAUCUCGCUGCUCUCAUCUCUUCUACUCCUCUAUCUGGUCUUUUGGCUGAACAAGUUCAAGCUGGACAAGAAGGUCGGCAGAAUCUGCCUGUUAAUGUACGCUGUGUUCCUAAUCCUUGCGAGCCUAAUAGAAUUAAACGCGUUUUUCACAGUGAACUUACCCACUUGCGGCCGAUGAACCCGACUUUAAAACCAAACAAAAAAAGUCAAAAAUUCAAAA